UUAGACUUUUAUGUCAACAGGAAGAUGAUCACACAUACCCUCAAGGACAUACUCCAUGCACCUAAUGCUAUGAAUUCUCUGCUAUCAGCUGGACAUUUUGAUGAUGCUGGUAGCAAGAUCAGCUUCUCAGCAGCCAAGUGUGAGCUCAGGAAUGUGAAAGGCAUUCUAGUUGGCACUGGACAGAAGACAAAUUGUCUCUACCUGCUGAAUGCCAAAGCAGAGCUA